AUGACAACAGUAGAGGAACGGUUUUUGCCAGAAGAAUGUUGGGAAUGUAUAUUGAAAAGAUUCCUCAAUGAAUGCGAUGACUACAACCGUUAUUUACAACCUCUCUCCAUUCUCUCUAAACAGUUUCUCUCUGUAACCGACCGUUUUCGAUUGUAUCUCAUAAUCUCUAAUGAAACCAUCCCUCUUCUUCCUCGGCUCCUCCAAAGAUGCACCAACCUCACUUCCCUCAACCUGACGCGCUUCCAAGGUGACCUUGACCGGCUUCUUUGCCAAAUUUCCUGUUUCCCAUUGAACUUCACAUCGCUUAACCUCUCCAACCAACAUACGAUUCCCGCUCAUGGGUUACGAGAGUUUUCUAAAAAGAUUACAACUUUGACCUCUCUCACAUGUUCCAACAUUGUUUCUCUCCACAACAAUGACUUGGUUCUUAUUUCUGAUUGUUUCCCUUUCCUUGAAGAACUUGACCUUAGUAACCAUAAAAAUAUUCAUGGUAAGGUAAAUUUUAUGUUUUUGGUGCUUCCUAAACUCCGCAAGGUUAAUCUAUCUGGUUGUUACUCUAUAAACGACCGAAUGCUUUUACAUUUGUGUAAGAAUUGUGAGUUUCUCCAAGAGAUUGUGAUACCGAACAAUUUAUUCGUAAACCCCAAUGGCAUUGCUUUUGCCAUUCGCCAGAGACCAGGUUUGAGGUCUUUAACCUUUUCGGGUACUCCCGGAAGGGUAAUCCUUGUAACCAACUUUCCUCAACAUUUCAUUGACUCAUUGGUUAGUUUGAAGGGUUUGACUUGUCUUGAAUUGUCGUGUUUGCAUAUCCCAGAUGAUCUACUCUAUUCAAUUGCAAUGGAAGGUCUUCCUUUGAAGAGGCUUGUGCUCGGCCAUUGCACCGGCUUUACUUCUGAUGGAAUUCAUCAUUUGUUAUCAAAGUGUCAAUGUAUACAACAUUUAGAUCUUCAAAAAGCUACGUUCCAGGAUAGUUUCGUAUAUCACAAGUUAUCUUUGUGUCUUGGUAAUUUAGUGUCUAUAAAUCUUAGUCAUUGUUACCAUCUCACUGAAAUUACCUUGUUUACACUUGUUGGGAGGUGUCCUUUGCUCAAUGAGAUCUAUAUGGAAAACACAUGUAUUGGACAAAUGGUUUUACAAUUACAUAAAUAUAGUUCUUUGUUGAAUUUUGUUAUAAACCCUCAAAUGAAGUCUCUCCAUUUGGCUUCCAAUACAUUGCUGUAUGACAACAUCAACAAUAUUUUUGCUUCAAUGUGCCCAAAUUUGGAGCUGGUUGACUUGAGUAAUUGUGUCUGCAUAUCUAAAGGUAUUGUUCAAGUUUUAAGACAUUGUAAAAUUAUGCAUUUGAAUUUAAGUUCUUGUCCAAAAGUGAACCUACUUGGGAUGAACUUUGAAGUUCCUAAAUUGGAGGUGUUGAACUUGUCAAUGACAAACAUUGAUGAUAAAACACUCUAUGUGAUCUCAAAGAAUUGCUCAGGGCUACUACAAUUGGAUUUGGAAAAAUGUUAUAAUAUCACAGAGAAGGGAGUAAAGCAAGUGGUAAAAAAGUGCACACGACUGAAAGAGAUAAAUUUGCGGCAUUGUUGCAAAGUAUCUACUGAUGUUGCUUUAUGGAUGGAGAUGGUAUUGUCAAGUCUAUCAUUGAGAAAGAUUAAGACUCCCCCUCAUUUUUGUCCUAGUCAUAGGAAGUGGAAACCCUUAUUGAAUCAUGGUCAUGGAUGCAUUCUUUGUUAG